CUCCCGGGCGUGGUGCAUUGUGUGUCCUGUAGCCCGGUAGCAGCCGCCUCUCGCGCUUUCCUCUUAGGGGCUGGGCUCAGCAGCAAGCCCCGUGCAGGUCGCCUAGCGACGGUGUAUCGGAUCCUGGAGAGGCGCGAGCUCCUCGGGCGCAGAGGGUGCGGGGGGUCUCGCCCGGCAGCACCCCGGUGCCAUCCGCAUCGCAGCCAGAUGGGCAGCGGCUUCCCUGCCUGCUCCCUGGGCCGGGAACGGGGGGAUGCUGCGGUGAUCGCUGAAGGCUUGUGGCAGGGCUGCAAACACUAGCGUGAGGAGCAAUUUCUUUGAGCUUGUGAUUAUCCGAUGACUCUGGUUACUGUAGUUACAGCCUGUCUUCGUGCCAGGGCAGCUACUCACGGCCGUAUCCUUUCCCAGGGUCAUUGUCAGGAGAAGGAGUAGCCAGCGAAGGACCUGCCCUUGGCCCAUGAAGACAGAAGGUUUCACAAACCCAUAAUACUAAUGAUUCCUACCACUACUAUUCUGAAUUUUGGGGUGCAGAACCAUAAGUGCAGUUGGUCUUCCCUCUGGAGCUCUGGUAACAGAGAAGCACGGUCUCCAACAGGAAGCUCCUUCACUGACCAGCAUCAGUUAUUUCUGCAAGAACAACUUUAUCUGUGAUCGGUUGAGAAGGAUUGGGUGUCUGGAACAUCAAAGCCACCAUAAUGAAGCACUUCCUGAGGAUUUCUGCAAGCAAGAAUUCAUUUUUAUUAAAAAAAAAUCAUUGAAAACAAAUUUCAGUAACUGUUCAUACCAUUCUCGUUGUAAAGAAGACUUCCACUAUCACAAGGUUAAGAUGGACGAGUAGUAAUAACAUUACAGAAUGUUUGUCCAGGUGUGCCUGUACUUCUACUGUAAAUGUUUGUGGCGCUGUCUGAAAUUUGUGGUGAGGAAAUUAACAGGACGAUGUGAAUUACAAAGGAUCUGUUACAAUAUCAAACCUGGGGCCAGCAGAACUAUGAAGAUAGAGACAUCACUGAGGAGUUCAAAAAAUAAGCUGCUGCAAACUUCAGUAAGUGUUCAUCCAGAUGCCAUUGAAAAAACUAUAGAUGACAUCAUGGAACUGAAAAAGAUUAAUCCAGAUAUAAAUCCACAGUUAGGAGUAUCUCUUCAGGCCUGUCUCCUACAGAUUGUAGGGUACAGAAAUCUGAUUGCAGAGGUUGAAAAGCUGCGCAGAGAGCCAUAUGACUCAGAGAAUCCCCAACAUGAAGAGAAGCUUCUAAAGUUAUGGAAAUGUUUGAAGCCUGAUUGUCCAUUGGAAGCUCGGGUUUCGAAGCAGUGGUGUGAAAUUGGUUUCCAAGGAGACGAUCCUAAAACAGAUUUUAGAGGGAUGGGCCUCCUGGGAUUAUAUAACUUGUUAUAUUUUGCCGAACGGGAUGCUGCAAUAGCUCAGCAAGUUCUCUCCGAUUCCCUUCAGCCGAAAUACAGGGAAGUCACUAAAGAGGAGCUAAGCCAAUUCAGCAAAGCUGAAUGGGAGAAGAAAAAGUUUGAUAAGGCAAUUGGCUACUCUUUUGCUAUUGUUGGCAUUAACAUAACUGAUCUUGCAUACAACCUGCUUGUGAGUGGCGCGCUGAAGACCCAUUUCUACAACGUUGCUCCAGAGGCUCCGACAUUAUCCCAUUUCCAACAAACAUUUGGCUAUUUGAUGCAUGAAUUCCAUAAAUUCUGGAUUGAAGAGGAUCCACUGGACAUAAUGGAGUUUAACCGUGUGCGAGAGAAAUUUCACAAGCAAAUUUUAAAACAGCUCCAGAAUCCAGACAUGGCUCUGUGCCCUCACUUUGCUGCCUCAGAAAGCUUAAUCAACAUGUAGUCAUUCACUUGAUUUGAUUUGAGAACACUGCCUCACUCUUCUCUUAGGUCACACUUUAGAUCAUCACUAACAUAUUGAAUGACCAUGGCGAUUGUAUGCAUGCCUUUUGGUGCAGUAUUCAUCUAUUUUUGUCAUAAAUAUUAGAUCCCCUUACACGUCUCUUUCCAGGGGAUUUCUCAUUAAAUGGGUGCUCAUAUUGCGGCAUUAUGCAGUGUUACAUUCUGAAUUGAUGUCCAGGUAUCAAGAGUUUUCUAUUUUUUUAGACCUUUUUUUUCCCAUAAUUCAGCAUUGAAGAAUUGUAUUUAUCUAGCAUUGUUUUGUACAUGUGGAAUAAUUAUCUGAAUCUUGUAUUGUGAAAACCUUUUAACUUACUGAUAUGUUUUGUGAUAACUACUGACAUUUCAAGUAAAGUACAUGUUUGGAUUUCAUCUAGAAGAUAAUGUAUGUAACUUUAAUCUAAUGCACAAAAACACAUUAAAGACCAAUUUUUUCCAUGCAGUCA